UUUACAGCCUGUGAGGAUCAUUUCACACAAACCUUUUGAAGAGAUCGCAUCUCAGUGAGACAGAGACAGAAUAUAUCUAAACCGAACAACACGAGUACAGUUUACCAACUGAUACCAGAACAUCCAGCAACCAUGUUUGCAAACCAGAACAGUUCCCUCAUCUCUGAAAUGGAGCUUGUUAAGAGCUUGAUGAAAUUGACUCCAGAGGAGAGGAAAAAGGAGGUCAGGAGAAGGAUGUAUGAGGAGCUGAAAGCUGUGGAGAUGGAGCGCAGAGAGCGCGCCAUGGAGAAGCUCAAGAUGGAAAGAGAGGAAAGAGAACACCUGGAAGAAAUGGUGAGGAGACAGAGAGAAAAGUCUCUGGAGGAGAGGAAGAUACAGGAGGCCAGACAGAGAGAGGAGGAGGAGAGAAAGGCCCAUGAACUCAAGGCCCUGCAGAAAGCAGAACUAGAGAAAGUGAAGCAAGAGAGGCUUCCCUGGAAAGAGAUGAUGCAGGUGGAGGAGGAGCCGGGCAGAAGGCCCAGGUACACAACCUGUGCUCUGAAAGAGGAGCAGCAGGAGAGGCAGGAGGAGGCCGAGCUUUACCGCCCGCAGAGGGUGAGGGACAGAGCCAGCCGUGAUCGCCCAACCUCUGACCUGAAGGCUCCCAAACAUCAGGAGAGAAAGAAAGCCCUGAUUAAUAACUGGGUGGGAGAGCAAAAAUCAGAGAGCGAGGCAGUCAGAGAGAUGCCCGUCCCAGUCAAAUGCACAUCCCCCUGCUUUUCUGCAAAAAUGGCCCCUCAGUCUAAAGAAAAAACAGACAAGCAAACACCAAAACCCAAGGAGCCCAAGCAGUGGCUGCCAGACAGACUGAAGGUCCAGUACUGGGUGGGCAGAUACCAGGACCAUAAGGAGAAGAAGGACGAGAAGAGGAAGCAGAAGGCUGAGGAGCAGUACGCUCGAUGGGCCGCCAUCAAGGCGAGCAGAGCCGGCCAUGCUUCCCGGCAGAACAACUCUUAUGCUGGAGGGUUUUCUGCAAACAGAAACAGCAUCCUAAAAUCCAUAUUUUAAUGUUCUUUACUUUGUGUGUGUGUUGUCUUGUGAUUGAGCACAAUAAAUCUGUGUUGUGGUGUAAACAAA